AUGAAGGGUGAUAAGCAAACUCAACCAAAUCCCUCUGUUUUCACGCCUGCAAAUCCAAACUCCAAGUGGAUAAUUUCAAUACCAUCAACAAAUCAAAAUAAUAAUUCCCAAAAUGAAAUAGCUGAGUUAAACUGGUCGACGAAGGAUAAUAUCAAAGAAGAGCUAAGAAAAAGAUCCCUACUUUAUGAUGAAAAAGAAAAUCGGCAAGCAUUAAUUACAAUUUUGAGAGAAAAUAUUGCAUGUGAAAUGAUAAAUAAAAUAGCAGUUGGUUGGACUUUAAAAGAAAACCAGGAAUAUGAAAAGAAAGAUGGCAGAAAACACAUAUCUGAAGAAAUACUGGAAUUAUUGAAAGAGUUUUUCAUGCUAGUGAUGCCCAUAAAAGUGAAUGAUAUUCUGCAAAAGAAAUGCUUAAUACACUACGAAAAAAAGUAG